CACAACCCCAUGUACUUCUUCCUCCUCAACCUCUCCAUCCUCGACCUUGGCUCCAUCUCCACCACUGUCCCCAAAUCCAUGGCCAAUUCCCUGUGGGACGCCAGGGCCAUUUCCUACUCGGGAUGUGCUGCCCAAGUCUUUUUCUUUGUCUUUUUCAUCUUGGGUGAGUAUUGUCUCCUCACUGUCAUGGCCUAUGACCGCUACGUUGCCAUCUGCAAACCCCUGCACUAUGGGACCCUCAUGGACAGGAGAUCUUGUGUCAAAAUGGCAGCAGCUGCCUGGGCCAGUGGCUUUCUCAAUGCUCUCCUGCACACUGCGAACACAUUUUCAAUACCACUCUGCCAAGGCAACACAGUGGACCAGUUCUUCUGUGAAAUCCCCCAGAUCCUCAAGCUCUCCUGCUCAGACUCCUACCUCAGGGAAGCUGGGCUCAUUGUGAUUACUGACUGUUUAAGCUUUGGGUGUUUUGCUUUCAUUGUGGUGUCCUAUGUGCAGAUCUUCACUGCUGUGCUGAGGAUCCCCUCUGAGCAGGGCCGGCACAAAGCCUUUUCCAUGUGCCUCCCACACCUGGCCGUGGUCUCCCUGUUCAUCAGCACUGGCCUGUUUGCCUACCUGAAGCCCCCCUCCCUCUCCUCCCCAUCUCUGGACCUGGUGGUGGCUGUUCUGUAUGCGGUGGUGCCUCCAGCAGUGAACCCCCUCAUCUACAGCAUGAGGAACAAGGAGCUCAAGGAGGCACUGAGGAAA